AUGUGUGAUGACUAUGAAUACACGGAUCCAAUUGUUGUCGGCAAUGAGAGAGAUGUGCCCGAUAAUGGCAUGAAACAAUUUGAUUUCAUAGACAGCAAGAAGGUGCUGUUGAUUAAACAAAAGGGUCAGUUAUACGCAGUAGGGUCCAACUGCCCUCAUUAUGGCGCGCCUUUGCAAAAUGGGGUUUUAAGCGAAGGUCGCAUCCGCUGCCCCUGGCAUGGAGCAUGUUUCGAUAUUAAAACUGGUGAUAUAGAAAACUUUCCCGGUCUUGAUUCGUUGCUUUGCUACAAGGUCGAAAUUAGUAAAAGUGGUCAAGUAGGUAUUAUGACCAGGCGUAAGGAUGUAGGUUUUAUUAAGCGCAUUAGGGAUAUGGUUAAACGUGAUAUGAACGAUCCUAGUACAUAUGUGGUAGUAGGUGGUGGUCCCGCUGGAGGAAUAUGUGUCGAAACUUUACGCCAGCAGGGAUAUGCCGGGCGUAUUAUUUUGAUUUCGAAAGAAGCAUACUUGCCGUACGAUCGCGUUAAAAUCUCCAAGACUACGAACGUAAAGAUCGAAGCUUUACAAUAUCGUCAACAGGAAUUCUAUGAUGAAUACGACAUUGAAACUUUCUUAAAUGUUGAGGCAACCAAAGUUGCAGGCGGCGAACAAACAAUCACUUUAUCAAACGGUAUAUCUCUUCAAUAUGACAAAAUGUUCAUUGCAACCGGUUGCGCACCGAUAAUACCCCCAAUUACUGGAAUUGACUUAAAGAACGUCGUAAUCAUACGCACGUACGAUGAUUUAGCGGCCAUAAGCAAAGCUAAGGACGAAACAACUAACGCUGUUUGUCUCGGCUCAAGCAUUAUCACACUUGAGAUAGCCCAAACUUUAAUCAAACAAGUCGAAAGUGUAACCAUUGUGGGAACAACUGAUCUAAUUGGAAAUGAAUUUUUAGGUGAUGUGAUUGGUGAACGGGUUCUUCGUCUUUUCACGGAUAAUCGUGUAACUGUAAUCCCGAAUAGCGGCGUUAGUGAAGUCUUGCCUAAUAUGAAUGGCGAAGUAGAGAAAGUGAUGUUAAUAAACUAUAACGUAUUACCUUGCAAUUUGCUAAUAAUAGACGCUGAUGUCAGCUUGAAUACAAAUUUUUUAGAAGGAUCCGGUUUGAAAUUAAAUACCGAUGGUUCCAUUGAUACUAAUAUUUACCUAAGAACUUCUAUUGAAAGUAUUUACGUAGGCGGUGACAUCGCCAAUGCGCCCGUCUAUAGUAUUGACAAUGAAUUUGCUGUCAUUCGCAAUUAUCAGAUUGCACAAAAUCAUGGCCGUGUAGCUGCCAUAAAUAUGGUUAAAAGUCGAUCGAAAAUUUUACGGACAGUGCCUUUCUUCUUUACGAAACUCUUUGGAAAAAGUUUCCGUUUCUCUGGCUACGGCGAGUAUACGAAUCUUAUUAUUGAAGGCGAUUUAGAAAAUCUCCAAUUUGUUGCAUACUUUAUAAAUAACGCAGAUAAAGUUGUACGCGUUGGGUCUUGCGACUGCAAUGCAGUCGUCGCAAAAUUUGCGGAACUACAAAGUCAAGGAUUUAGUUUGACACGCAAAGAUGUUGAAAACACCGAGAUGGCAUGGACGAAAUUGAUAAAAACCGGCUAA